GUACGAAAUGGUUUCACACCACCGCCACGGGUACAAGAAAACGACGUCGCAACCGGCGCUUACAAAGUGCCGAGAGCAACAGCAGGCGUGGAAGAUGAACAGUACGAGUUAAUUACUUCACUUGGAUUCGAGCUGCUGUGUUCCUCUCGCUACAGCACAAGGUGAGUUUGAGUUUGCUCGGCAAGUUCGAUUUCGAGUUCAAUCAACAACUAACGAUGUUGACAUUCCCUCUGCUGCAGAUCCAAAGCCAAACGUAUACACAGUCUCUCUCUCUCUUGAUCGGAAUCAGAGGCUCACUAAUUAUUUCCACUGAAUCGCUUCACUAAAAGCAUUCUCAUUUGUUUCUACUUCAAUGCGGGGAGUCCUCCAAUGGAGCCGAGAUGCCUAUUCACAUUAACAGCUUUAUCUAUGGAAGCCAGCAACUGCCGAGUACUUGGUUGUUUUCCUUCUUGCAAUUUUCAUUUUAAACUCUAAGCAUUUCCGCAGAUCACUUUCAGUUAAAAAGCAGAUGAAAAGGUACUGGUGGGGCUGUGUGUGCCUAUGUGAAUUUAUUCAUCAUGUAACCAAAUGGGAGUGAUUUACGCAAGUAAUUCUUAGCAUAUACUUAUCGGGAAUGAGGAAGUGGUCUGGAGCCAUGUUCGCUUUGGCACUUGGUACCAUUUUGGUUCUAUGCUACAGCCUUACAGGGAAACAACCUCAGAAGCAGUCAGCAUACGAUUUCUUCAAUAACCACCCACCUGAUAAAUCUCCUGUUAUUAGUGGUAGCGAUAAAGUCAAUUCAUCACAUACAGAAGUGAAAAGGAUCCAAAGUAACCUCAAGAAAAAGCCCCACUUUGUUGAUGUUGAAGGGCUAGACGACCUGUACACUUGGAAAAAUAUUUCCAAAGACGAGUCCAAGGCGUUGCGUGUAUGGGGAAAAAUGCGUUCUUUACUCUCUAGGUCGGAUGCUCUUCCUGAAACCGCUCAAGGGAUCAAAGAGGCUGCCUUUGCAUGGAAAGAGCUACUGUACACUGUCGAGAAGGAAAAAGCCUCCAAGUUUCCUGUGACUAGAAAUAGUAGUAAUGUUAUGGAACGUACAGAUUGUCCUUACUCUGUCAGUGUAUUUAAUUCAACAAUGUACAGCAAUGGAAAUGUUCUUCAGAUUCCUUGCGGUUUAGUUGAGGAUUCAUCAAUAACGGUCAUAGGUAUACCAGAUGGGCAUGGUGUUGGAUUCCAAAUUGAUCUCAUGGGCUCACAAUUUCCAGACGAAGGAAUUCCUCCUGUAAUUUUGCAUUACAAUGUGUGCAUGCCGGGGGACAAUCUUACGGAAGAGCCAAUAAUAGUCCAAAACACAUGGAGUAAUGAACUAGGGUGGGGCAAAGACGAACGAUGCCCUGAUUAUGGGUCCUCUAAUGCCCAGAAAGUUAUAGUUGAUGGACUCGUGAAGUGCAAUGAUCAAGUUAUCCGAAGUACAGUGGGAGGGAAUUCAAAUGCAAGUCAUCCUGAUAGCAACAAAUUGACCAAUGUGUCCGCUGGGAGUGCUCAUGCAAGUGAUAAUUUCCCGUUUGUUGAUGGAAAUCCAUUUGCUGCAACAUUGUGGGUUGGAUUAGAGGGAUUUCAUAUGAAUGUGAAUGGAAGGCAUGAAACAUCUUUUGCGUAUAGGAAGAAACUUGAACCAUGGUUAGUUGGUGGAGUCAAAGUGGCAGGUGGUUUCGAUCUCAUAUCCGCUUUAGCGAGAGGAUUGCCUGUUUCCGAAGAUUUUGAUUUGGUUAUUGAUAUUGAGCGCCUCAAAGCUCCACCUCUUUCUUCAAAAGGACUUGUAAUGCUAAUUGGGAUAUUCUCCAUCGCAAAUAAUUUCGACCGUCGUAUGGCACUGAGGAGGUCUUGGAUGCAAUACGAGGCUAUACGCUCUGGCAAUGUGGCUGUCCGCUUUUUCAUUGGGCUGCAUAAAAACAAGGAGGUCAAUUUUCAUCUGUGGAAAGAAGUUCAAGCAUAUGGAGAUAUUCAACUGAUGCCAUUUGUUGAUUACUACAGUUUGCUCACUUUAAAGACAGUUGCGAUAUGCAUUUUAGGGACUGAGAUUCUGCCUGCCAAAUAUAUAAUGAAAACAGAUGAUGAUGCUUUUGUUAGAAUAGACGAAGUUCUUUCCAGUCUGAAAGGGAAGGUUUCUGAUGGUCUGUUGUACGGCCUUGUAUCCUUUGACUCGUCACCCAUUAGAGACAAAGAUAACAAAUGGUAUAUCAGUACUGAGGAUUGGCCUCAUGCAUUAUAUCCACCAUGGGCCCACGGACCUGGUUAUGUAGUUUCCAAAGACAUUGCGAGAUUCAUUGUCCAAGGCCACUGGAAAAGAGCCCUACCGCUUUUUAAAUUAGAAGACGUAGCUGUUGGCAUAUGGGUGGAUCAAUUCAAGAAACAAGGUCACAAAGUGCAGUACAUCACCAAUGUACGCUUUCACAAUGCUGGAUGUGAGUCAAAUUAUAUUCUUGCGCAUUAUCAAAGCCCAAGGAAGGUGUUAUGCCUGUGGGAUAAGUUACAGAAUGACCAUAAGCCCGAAUGCUGUGAAGAUAACCCUGAGGUGUAGCUCUGGAGGAAACAGAUUGCAUUGAAGUUUCUGCAUUAUUUCUAUGGCAGAUUUUAGCUCAAUUUGUCAGCAUCCUUUGGUGUUGCUAUAUUGCCAUGGUAAGUGCUGUUUCGUGUAUCUUGUUUCAAUGCUUUUCCAUUUUGGUUUCAUUUACCUGGUCUCAUUGCAUUUGUUGAUUUGUUAAAAAUGUACUGUAAAUUCUUUUGUUGGGAUACUGGACAACUUUAUCUUCUGUACUAUUUAACACAUACAACUAAAUCAUUUUGUUGCUUUAAGAAACCCUUGGAAGGUCAA